AGUGUAUACGUUAGCAGCUGGUGCCGUACUCGUGCAAUUUAAAGCCGCAGAUUUCAUCACACGAAUUUAAUUUUAUCCAAAGAAGAGGCGACAACAAUGUCGAUUAAAUUAAAAGCCAAUGUCAACAGUCCGCCCAUAAGUGGCUUGGCAACGGCGCAUCUCAUCAAUGAUACGGUGCCCGUGGAAAUUGUGUGGAGCAAAGAGGAGACAUCGGUGCAAUUUCCGGAUAACCGUGUGCUGGUGUGUCACUCCAACAACGAUGUGCUGCGUGCUUUAGCCCGUGCAGCCCCCGCUUAUAAGCUUUAUGGUGAAACUGCCAUCGAACGGACACAGAUCGAUCACUGGCUAUCUUUUUCGUUGACAUGCGAGGAUGACAUUUCCUGGGCUCUGUCGUUCCUUGAUAAGUCGAUUGCCCCCGUCACCUAUCUGGUGGCCAACAAGUUGACUAUUGCCGAUUUUGCUCUGUUUAACGAAAUGCACUCUCGCUACGAGUUCCUCUCGGCUAAGGGUAUCCCACAGCAUGUACAGCGUUGGUAUGAUCUAAUCACUGCCCAGCCGCUGAUCCAGAAGGUUCUGCAAUCCCUGCCCGAGGAAGCUAAGGUUUCGUCGAAACGUGUGAAACGUAGUUCACCUGCUGCCAAAGAGCAAACACCUCCAGCCAAGGCAGGCGAGAGGAAACAAGAGGGUAAAUUUGUGGAAUUGCCAGGCGCUGAGAUGGGCAAAGUGGUUGUCCGUUUCCCUCCAGAGGCUUCGGGCUAUCUGCAUAUUGGUCACGCCAAGGCGGCUCUCCUGAAUCAGUACUAUGCUCUGGCCUUCCAAGGCAAACUUAUCAUGCGCUUCGACGACACGAAUCCAGCCAAGGAGACCGUGGAAUUUGAAAAUGUGAUUCUCGGCGAUCUCGAGCAAUUGCAAAUCAAACCAGAUCUCUUCACACACACCUCCAACUACUUCGAUUUGAUGCUGGACUACUGCGUCCAACUGAUAAAGGAGAGCAAGGCCUAUGUGGACGAUACACCCCCCGAACAGAUGAAGGCUGAACGCGAGCAGCGUGUCGAAUCCGCGAAUCGUUCAAAUUCUGUCGACAAGAAUCUCGCUCUCUGGCAGGAGAUGGUAAAUGGCUCAGACGUUGGACAAAAGUGCUGUGUACGAGCUAAAAUCGAUAUGUCCUCGCCCAAUGGCUGCCUGCGUGAUCCCACGAUUUACCGCUGUAAAAAUGAGCCCCAUCCCCGCACAGGAACGAAAUACAAGGUUUAUCCUACAUACGAUUUUGCGUGUCCCAUUGUGGAUGCCAUCGAAAAUGUUACUCAUACACUGCGCACCAUGGAAUACCACGAUCGCGAUGAUCAGUUCUAUUGGUUUAUUGAUGCUCUGAAAUUACGCAAACCCUAUAUCUGGGAGUACAGUCGUCUUAAUAUGACCAAUACUGUGCUCUCCAAACGAAAACUUACCUGGUUUGUGGACUCUGGUUUGGUUGACGGCUGGGAUGAUCCCCGUUUUCCCACGGUGCGUGGUAUCAUUCGUCGAGGCAUGACAGUGGAAGGUCUCAGGGAAUUCAUUAUUGCCCAGGGCAGCAGUAAAUCCGUAGUUUUCAUGAACUGGGACAAGAUCUGGGCAUUUAACAAGAAGGUGAUUGAUCCCAUUGCUCCCCGCUAUACAGCUUUGGAAAAGGAGAAACGCAUCAUUGUAAAUGUAGAGGGUGCCAAGGUCGAAAAGGUCCAAGUACCAGUGCAUCCCAAGGAUGAAUCGCUGGGCAAGAAGACAGUUUCGCUCGGCCCACGCAUCUAUAUUGACUAUGUGGAUGCGGAGGCCCUCAAAGAAGGCGAAAAUGCCACCUUCAUCAACUGGGGCAAUCUACUCAUCAAGAAGGUGCACAAGAAUUCCGCUGGAGAAAUCACCUCAGUCGAUGCCAAGCUCAAUUUGGACAACAAAGACUUCAAGAAAACACUCAAGCUGACUUGGUUGGCCGUAGAAGACGAUGUCAACGCUUAUCCACCCACGUUUUGCGUUUACUUUGAUAACAUCAUUAGCAAAGCUGUGUUGGGCAAAGAUGAGGACUUUAAGCAGUACAUUGGUCACAAAACACGCGACGAAGUCGCCAUGUUGGGUGAUCCCGAACUGAAGAAGUGCAAAAAGGGUGACAUUAUUCAACUGCAACGUCGUGGCUUCUUCAAGGUGGACAAUGCUUAUGCUCCACCCAGCCCCUAUACAAAUGUCGUCUCACCCAUCAUCUUGUUCUCCAUUCCCGAUGGCCAUACCAAAGAUGUUCCCACAUCUGGCUUGAAAAUCAAUGCUAAUGCUGAUGCCAAGACAACUACCACCAACAAGAAAACUGCCAGCUCAGAUAAAACUGCCGAUUUGGAUAAAUUGAUUGGCCAACAAGGCGAUCUAGUGCGUGAUUUGAAAUCCAAGAAAGCUGCUAAAGAUCAAAUUGAUGCAGAGGUUAAGAAACUGCUGAGUCUCAAAGCUGAUUACAAAGCUGCAAGUGGCAAGGAUUGGAAACCAGGACAAACACCUGUUGCAUCAACUGCCCCAACUGCUGCAGCUGCCAACGACGCUGGAUCAAUUAAUGCCAGCAUUGUGAAACAAGGUGACCUGGUACGCGAUCUGAAGGCAAAGAAGGCGGCCAAGCCCGAUAUCGACGCUGCUGUCAAAUUGCUAUUGGAAUUGAAGGGCCAGUAUAAGGCGCAAACGGGACAAGAGUGGAAACCAGGUUGCGUUCCACCAGCCGCUCCUGCUGCUGCUGCUGCUCCAGCUCAAUCCGUUGCCAACGAUUCUGUGUCAAGUGUAUUGACACAAAUUGCGGCACAGGGCGAUAAGGUACGUGAACUGAAAGCAGCCAAAGCCGACAAAUCGACUAUCGACGGAGCAGUAAAAACACUCCUUGGCUUAAAGGCGGAUUACAAGCAGCUCACUGGCAACGAUUGGAAACCAGGAACCACAGCACCAGCUCCUGCAGUAGUUGUCAAGCAGGAAAAGUCACCGGAACCACCAUCCACUGGUGCCGUAGCAGUUCUGCUGGAAAAGAUCACAAAGCAAGGCGAUAAGAUACGCGAACUAAAGUCAGCCAAGGCAGAGAAAUCUCUAUUGGAACCAGAAGUCAAGGUUUUAUUGGCUUUGAAAACCGAUUACAAAUCUCUGACUGGUCAGGAGUGGAAACCAGGCACAGUAGCUCCCGCUCAAACGCCAGUGGCUUCCAUUGAUCUUACCAAGGAGGAAUCUUCUAGCGACAUUUCCGGUGUUUUGGGCAAAAUUCAAGCUCAAGGCGAUAAGAUACGCAAACUUAAAUCGGAGAAGGCAGCUAAAGGUGUAAUAGAUCCUGAAGUGCAAGCCCUACUGUCUCUUAAGGCGGAAUACAAGAAGCUGAGCGGCAAAGAUUGGACACCAAACGCCCAGGCCGAAGUCAAGACCGAAGCAGUUGUUGUCAAAAAGGAAGCAAGCCCAACGAAAAUGGCAUCGUCAGCCAAGGAGCAAAUUACCCAAGAGGUUAACGAACAAGGGGAGAAGGUGCGUGCAGCCAAAACCAAUAAGGCUGCCAAGGAGGUUAUUGAUGCAGAGGUUACCAAAUUGCUGGCCCUCAAGGCCAAGUACAAGGAGGUUACCGGUACCGACUUUCCUGUAGCCGGACGCGGCGGCGGUGGUGGUGCUACCAAGAAACCAGCCAAGGAACCCCAACCAAAACCAGCAAAGCCAGUCAAAAAGGAGCCGUCUGCCGAUGCCGCCGCUGGUGGUCCAAAAAAACAAACCCGCUUGGGUCUUGAGGCCACCAAGGAGGAAAACUUGCCCGACUGGUAUUCUCAAGUCAUCACCAAGGGCGAAAUGAUUGAAUACUACGAUGUGUCUGGCUGUUACAUCCUGCGGCAUUGGUCAUUCGCCAUCUGGAAGGCCAUCAAGAACUGGUUCGAUGCGGAAAUCACACGUCGCGGCGUCAAGGAGUGCUACUUCCCCAUCUUUGUCUCGAAGGCCGUCCUCGAGAGGGAAAAAACGCAUAUAGCUGACUUUGCCCCAGAAGUUGCAUGGGUCACCAAAUCAGGUGAAUCUGAUUUGGCCGAGCCCAUUGCUGUGCGUCCCACCUCCGAAACUGUAAUGUAUCCCGCCUACGCCAAGUGGAUACAAUCCUACAGAGACUUGCCCAUCAAGCUAAACCAGUGGAACAAUGUUGUGCGUUGGGAAUUUAAGCAUCCUCAGCCGUUCCUGCGCACUCGUGAAUUCCUCUGGCAAGAGGGACACACGGCUUAUGCCAACAAGGAUGAGGCUGACAAGGAAGUCCUGGAAAUCCUUGAUUUGUAUGCGUUGAUCUACACGCAUCUGCUGGCCAUUCCUGUGAUGAAGGGUCGCAAAACCGAAAAGGAGAAAUUCGCUGGUGGAGACUAUACCACCACGGUGGAGGCCUUCAUCUCGGCCUCAGGCCGUGCCAUUCAGGGAGCUACCAGUCAUCAUUUGGGACAAAACUUCUCAAAGAUGUUCGAAAUUGUCUACGAAGAUCCCGAGACGCAACAGAAGAAAUUUGUCUAUCAGAACUCUUGGGGUAUUACAACACGAACCAUUGGCGUCAUGAUCAUGGUGCAUGCCGACAACCAAGGUUUAGUUUUACCCCCACAUGUCGCAUGUAUCCAGGCCAUUGUGGUGCCUUGCGGCAUCACGGUGAACACUAAGGAUGAGGAACGGGCCGAACUACUUGGGGCCUGCAAGCAGUUGGAGCAGCGCUUGAUCGGCGCUGAGGUCCGCUGCGAAGGCGAUUACCGUGACAAUUACUCACCUGGCUGGAAAUUCAACCACUGGGAACUUAAAGGUGUGCCCAUUCGCAUCGAAGUGGGUCCCAAGGAUCUGAAGGCUCAACAAAUUGUUGCUGUGCGACGUGACACGGGCGAGAAACUGACAAUUCCUCUCGCCGACGUGGAGAAGAAGAUUCCCGCCCUACUCGAGACAAUUCACGAGAGCAUGUACGCCAAGGCUCAGAAUGAUUUCACCACUCACACCAAGACCGUGAAGACUUGGACCGAAUUCUGUGAUUUCCUUGAGCAGAAAAAUGUCCUUUUAGCACCAUUCUGCGGUGAAACGCCCUGCGAGGAUCAAAUCAAGGAGAAUAGCGCCCGCGGCGACGAUGCUGAGCCUGGAGCUCCAUCGAUGGGUGCAAAGAGUUUGUGCAUACCUUUCGAUCAGCCAGCAACUAUUGCUGCCAACGAUAAGUGCAUAAAUCCCAAUUGCACAAAUAAACCGAAAUUCUAUACGCUAUUCGGUCGCAGUUACUAAGCCAUCACUUGACCCAAAACAUUUUCUGUAAAAUCUGCUCUACAUUUUUUUUAAAACUCUUUUGCGUAAACUUUAUUGAUUUCUUGUUUAAUAAAUUUACCAUCAAAAUAUUAAUACUCUAA